AUUAGGCAAACAGAAAAAGGUAGUCAAUCAUCCCAUUUAAAUGUAUUGUCAAAACUAUAAAAAUGGCAAGAUAAGUAAUAGGAUUAAGUUAAAGAGUGCCUUUAGGAUUAGUUAAGAGGAUGAAAGUGGAAAGCUUUGGUUUUUUAAUGUAUUUAAUGCAUAAAAAGCUUAAAGACUUUACAUUUGAUUUAUAUUUUUUUAUUUAAAUUUUCUAUUUUAGUAUCUUUGAAGAGUUCCUUUCGAGUAUUUGUUAGCAAGAUUUUUGUUUCUUCAAUGUAUUUUCUGUUCACUGAUUAGAAUAUUUAUUUUUGAGAAUUUGACAACAUGUCCCUUUCCUUCAGCCCUCCAAAUGACCACAUCUUCAAGCCACCCGCCACUAUACAUUAAAAGUUUAACUUUCAAUUAAGGUAGUAAACUGCUGCCUAACAUAAGAGAAAAAUGUCUUUAGCAUCACGUGGUCAUCAUUGAGACUACAACUCAUUCUACACUCACUUGUCAACAACUACUCUCUAUGAAUUACUACAUUUCUUAGUCAUUCUUUUUCCCUUUUAAGAACAACAUUACAGAAUAGAACAAUGCCGAAGCUUGCUUGCAAGAAGGAGAGUGGAAAGGGGAAAGAGCAUAAGGGAUCUGGGAGUUCGUGACGUUGUGAACGCAGGCUUAUCAGUGGCAGAAGCCAUUGAAUUUGAUGCUGUUUUGAGGGAAAUUCUCUCCCUUUGUGUUUCCUUUACAGAUAUCUGGUUCCAAAUUGUGACUCGGAGAGUGCUGAAGCCAUCGCAGCCUCAUUCGUUGCAUCAACUUGUUUAUUACUCUCUAUAUUGGUUCCCUUCUUUGUAACAGGCCAGACGCACCAACUUGGGUCGCCUCAUGGAAACAUAUGGUCCUAAGCUCUUGGGAGAUUCCUAUAAAGACCCCAUUACUAGUUUCCGUCUCUUUCACAAAUUCUCUGUUGAACACCCUCAGGAGUAUUGGUCCAUUGUUCUUAAAGAACUCUCAGUUUCAUUCAUUAAAGCUCCAAGGUGCAUUUUGGAUACUUCUGAUCCCUCAAAGCCUGGAGGAACUUGGCUUCCCGGAGCUGUCUUGAAUAUUGCUGAUUGCUGCUUGCAGCCGAGCACACGCCCCUACAAACCAGAUGACAGUUUAGCCAUUGUCUGGAGGGAUGAAGGAUUUGAUGAUACCGAGGUGAAUCAUAUCACACUCAAACAACUUCGACAGCAAGUAGCGCUGGUAGCCAAUGCAAUUGAAGCCACGUUCUCAAAGGGAGAUGCAAUUGCAAUUGACAUGCAAAUGACAGCCAGUGCUGUCAUUAUAUAUUUGGCCAUUGUUCUCGCAGGAUGUGUUGUAGUCUCAAUUGCUGAUAGCUUUGCACCAAAAGAAAUCGCAACUCGCCUGCACAUAUCUAAGGCAAAGGGUAUAUUCACACAGGAUUUCAUAUCUCGAGGUGGCAGGAAAUUCCCUCUGUACAGUCGAGUCGUGGAAGCAGGCGCAAGUAAAGUUAUUGUGCUACCUGUGAUAGGUGACGAUGUAGGAGUACAAUUAAGAGAACAAGACAUAUCAUGGAAGGCUUUUCUCUCUUUUGGAAGGAAGCAUCCAAGCAGAUCACCACACUACUCUCCGGUAUAUCAAUCAAUUGAUUCUGUCACUAACAUACUUUUCUCAUCUGGAACCACAGGGGAGCCAAAAGCUAUUCCUUGGACUCAUCUUUCGCCAAUACGUAGCGCUGCUGAUGGAUGGGCUUGCAUUGAUAUUCAAGCCGGAGAUGUCUAUUGCUGGCCUACAAAUUUAGGAUGGGUUAUGGGACCAACUCUAUUAUAUUCAUGUUUUCUAACUGGCACAACUCUUGCUCUCUACCAUGGUUCUCCUCUUGGCCGUGGUUUUGGAAAAUUUGUUCAGGAUGCAGGUGUUACCCAUUUGGGAACAGUUCCAAGCAUAGUAAAAGCUUGGAAGAAUACGCGAUGUAUGGAAGGCUUGGAUUGGACAAAGAUAAAAACAUUUUGUUCCACUGGAGAAACCUCAAAUGUUGAUGAUGACCUUUGGCUUUCCUCAAAAUCUUACUACAAGCCAAUCAUCGAAACUUGUGGUGGUUCUGAGCUUGCAUCUGGUUACGUCAUGGGAAGCUUACUGCAGCCGCAAGCUUUUGCGACAUUUAGCACACCAUCAAUGACAGCUGGCUUUGUCAUCCUUGAUGGAAAUGGAGAUCCUUAUCCAGAGGAUGUACCUUGUGUUGGUGAAGUGGCCUUAUUCCCUCACAUUAUGGGAGCAACUGAAAGAUUGCUUAAUGCUGAUCAUGAUGAAGUGUACUUUAAGGGAAUGCCUAUUUACAAAGGAAAGGUACUUAGGAGACAUGGAGAUAUAGUGAAGAGAACUGUUGGUGGGUAUUUUGUUGUGCAAGGAAGAGCUGAUGACACCAUGAAUCUUGGUGGAAUAAAGACAAGUUCUGUAGAAAUUGAGCGUGUAUGCGACAGGGCCGAUGAAUGCAUUAUGGAGACAGCUGCAAUCAGUGUGGCUCCUGCAAGUGGAGGCCCUGAACAACUUAUUAUAUUUGUAGUUUUGAAGAAAGGAUACAGUUCCGAUGUAGAAACUCUGAAAAAGAAAUUCUCUAAAGCCAUUCAGAGCAACCUUAAUCCUUUGUUUAAGGUAAGCACCGUGAAAAUUGUGGCUGAGUUUCCUCGAACAGCUUCGAACAAACUACUGAGGAGAGUUCUGAGGGAUCAAAUGAAGCGUGAGCUAUCACUUCAUAGCAGACUUUAGGGACAUCAUCAUUGGUUCCCAACAGACCAGAGCUAUGCAACGAGUUCCCUUUCAAGCCCAAUGGAACUUAUUAAGUGAAGAAAGAAUAUGCAAUGUACUCAGAAAAAUGCAUUUGUAUACUAGUGAAUUUAUAGAUAAUAAGUACGCAAUAAGCAUUAUUCUAAUACCCCUUUGGUAAAGAAUAAAUGGGAAAUCAAUCAAAAGUUUUAGGAUGAAUUAUUUCA